AUGUCGGAGUAUACAAGGGAUGAUGGCAGUAUCGACUAUCGGGGCGCACCUGAUUCGUCAUUCUUCUCUCUCCAUGGGCCAGAUGAUUACGAAGAAUUCCAAACUGUUGCAGCUAGUCCCGUGAUGGGCCCUUGGUCCGCAUACAACACACGACGUGCGCCAUAUCAUUCGUCGCCGUAUCCACUGCCGGACGAGCCAACCAGUCUACAUGCCCUCGGCCAUGUAGACCAAGCUGCGCGUGAUCUGGACGUCUUCAAGGACAGCUUCCCGCAGGUCGAAGCGUUUGGACGCUAUCCUAAUACCGAUGGCAUAGCUUAUUCUCGCCUAUCUUCCCCAACAAACUCGCCGCUUCCUGGCCACUUCACCACCGUCACGGCUACGGCCGUCGUCACUUCUGACACUUCUGCAGCCGGCAUGAACGAUGAUCAUGAAAUCUUGUCCUGCACGCAGUGCGACCAGACAUUCACAGGUGCAUACCGAUCCGGCAACUGUGCGCGACAUGUCCGGCUGAAGCACAUUAGAGCAGACUUGUACGAGUGCGACGCCUCAAAUUGCUUCAAGGUCUAUCAACGGCAAGACGCUAGAUUAAAGCAUAUGCGUAGCAGGCACCCUGAGUUACAUGUCCCACCUAUGCAAAGACGGCGUCCUGAGGCCUCGUCAACUCAAACCCUCGGUCGCGUUCGUGCAUCCUCUUCGCCAAAUCAGUCCUGGCAACCCGCCAACCAGGAGCAAAUUGAUACCUCGGCUUCAGACGAUUGCCUUCAAGUUUGCUCAGCGUAUACAGGCACACGGUCAAGCACUGCCAGCUAUGAGCGCAGCUUCUCGCCACACCCUGAUUCGACAUUCACUGAUUCUUACGAUUCAAGCUUCCUCAAUCCGUAUUCGCCUUACCCUCGCCGCCCGAUAUCGUUGCCAACCAACGUCUUCGAGGAUCGCUCGCUUUCACCCCUACCAUCCCCUGGCCGAGCAUCAUCACAGUACUAUUCCGACACUUGCAUUGACCCAGCUCUACUCAACUCAACCGGCAUGAACAGUGAAGCCGACGCGAUUUAUGGUGAACACACGCCAGAAAACUUUAGUGGUCAUGCUCCGUACUAG